AAUCCGUCAGACCUUGGGGAACCUGACUGAGGGAGGAGGGGGUCUGAGCUGAAACUAACAGAGCGAUUUAAAGAGAAAGGAGGAACGGAGACCGGAGACAGACACGGACACGGAGACCGGAGCUUCUGUUUUACUUCAACUGAGCCUUUCGUCAUUGGACAAACGCUGUAAUGUUUAUAAUUAGACGGUGAAACGAGCAAUGGCGCAGCGUGGGCUUCCGUGGCUGAGGGAAUAAUUCCGGUGUUUGUUGUCAAACACUCACAGAGAGCAACGUAGACAUAACACGUUUCAACCGUGUGAGGACAAGAUGAUGUCAGGGAAACAUUUCAAGGCUCACGAGGUGAGCUGCUGCAUCAAGUACUUCAUCUUCGGAUUCAACAUCAUCUUCUGGUUCCUUGGAGUGACCUUCCUCGGCAUAGGGCUGUGGGCGUGGAGCGAGAAGGGCGUCCUCUCUAACAUCUCCUCCAUCACUGACCUGGGGGGCUUCGACCCCGUCUGGCUCUUCCUGGUGGUCGGUGGUGUGAUGUUCGUCCUUGGAUUUGCCGGGUGCAUCGGAGCGCUUCGAGAAAACUCUUUCCUGCUCAAGUUUUUCUCUGUUUUUCUGGGCAUCAUCUUCUUCCUGGAGCUGACUGCAGGAGUCCUGGCCUUUGUCUUCAAAGACUGGAUCAAGGACCAACUCAACUUUUUCAUCAACAAUAACAUCCGUGCUUACAGAGAUGACAUUGAUCUACAGAACCUGAUAGACUUUACACAGGAAUAUUGGGAGUGUUGCGGAGCGUUUGGUGCUGACGACUGGAAUUUAAACGUAUACUUCAACUGCACCGAUUCCAACCCCAGUCGAGAGAAAUGUGGCGUUCCCUUUUCCUGCUGCACCAAAGAUCCAGCGGAGGACGUCAUCAACACCCAGUGUGGAUAUGACAUGCGAGCGAAGACGAAUUCUGAGCAGCGAAUGUUUAUUUAUAUCAAAGGCUGCGUUCCUCAGUUUGAGAAGUGGCUUCAGGACAACCUGACGGUGGUGGCGGGCAUCUUUAUAGGGAUUGCUUUACUUCAGAUUUUUGGCAUUUGUUUAGCACAGAACCUUGUGAGUGACAUUGAAGCUGUGAGAGAGAGUUGUCUGUUCACCUAAGACCUCGGCAGAGUCACCAGAGGCAAGAAGCAUGAACCAGGAUUCCACAGUUUGGACACCCACGGUGAAGAUAGUCAAGAAAUCAAGAUGUUCUAAUGUACAUAAUAGAUAUUUGGGUAUUUGGUUAUUUUAAGAUUUUCUUUUUAAAUAAGCCAUAACACAAAUCCUCUGAAAUGUACUGUAACUUUGACAGCAAUGCAGUUUGAGCUGCCGCCACACUGUCCACUCUGGCCGAGAAUUCCACUCAACUAAAGACACAUUUCUCUGACGUAGCACCUCAUUUAUAGAACGACUGCGGUUUGAUUUGUGCCACAGCUGCAGUUUUUGACGCUGCACGUGUUAUUAUCGAGGUUCUGAUUCUGGAAAUGCACUGCAUGCCUUUUGUCUACUGGUGGGACACCAGCUCUCCUGCUGUGUUUGGAUGGUGAAUCCGCUGGUGAAGCAGUUUUGUUAUGUAUUAAAAACUACGGCCAUUUAGUUUAAAAUUUAGAAUAUUCACUCUCUCAUGAUAUCGCAGUUUGUGAAGUGAAUUUCUCCAUGGGGUGGACGUACAUUGGUAGUGUUGUAGAUUAAAUAGCUAGUCUAUUUGGCCAAAUCAGUAAAAUAAAUCAAUAAAUAAUUUGUGGCAUGAUAAUAAAAGAGAUUUCAGCUUUAUGCACUUUAAUAUUCACGUUAAAUGAUUGUUUUUACAGCAGCCACAGUUUUUGUCACAAUCAUUAUUUUAGGCGAACAGUGGCCACUGGAGGGGGCUCUUUCUUUCAAAACAGACUUUGACUUUCUUUAAAAGAGCUUGUACGACUGUCUGAAGGGGAAAAAAACACUUUAUUUUCAAUGUCAAUUCACGUUCGUUUGUAAUUUGUUUUUUCUGCUUUGGGUUCUUUGUUAUGAACGUUGCCUUGCUGAUGGUUUUGUUUUGUUUUUUUCCACUGGAAAAUUUGGAUUCAAGACUCAUAAAGAAAGGCUCGCUAGUUCCUCCUGGUGGCUCAUCACUGAACAUACAUUUAUUUAUAGUCUGCUCAUAAAUGUACUUGAAAUCAGAGCACAUGGGCGCUCUAACCAGCAUUAUGUUCAAUGCAAAGUUGGAAACUAAGAAGUAAUUUAUAUGUCUUGAUUGUUGGUCUUUAUAAAUCAUUCUUUUCAUAAGUAUCUUGGAUGAAUCCUUGGAGGUAAAGGCGUGAAUUUUAUGUAAACAAAGUUUUACUGACUUACAGUAAAGACGUAAAAUAUAGGUUAGUGAAUCUGUAGAAAAGGGAAGAAGUGAGUAACUGUUGGGAAUUUCACUUUAUUCUAUCGCUGUUAUAAACCUCGCCAUUGAUUGAUUCCACCCAUUCAUACAACCGUGUGCCAAACCUGUUGACUUUUUACAUCCUGAAAUGUCUGCGCAUAUCGUUCAGGUUUUCUUCUGGUGCUUGUAAACAACCAUGUAAAUCGUGACAUGUAAAUAUGUACUUGAUUAAAUGUGUUUGUUUCUACAUAC